AUGUGGAGCCAAGAGCCUUCUCUUUCCAAGAGAAGCGACACCGGAGUUUUAGCGUCUCUUGCAGUGGGAGUCGGGGAAGCAGCGAAUUUUGCUGCCUACGUGUUUGCUCCUGCGACGCUGGUGACGCCGCUGGGCGCGCUGAGCGUUCUGGUGAGUGCAGUGUUGUCUUCCAUCUUCCUGAGCGAGCAGCUGAACGUCCACGGGAAGAUGGGCUGCGUGCUGAGUAUUCUGGGCUCCACGGUGAUGGUUAUCCACGCCCCGCAGGAGGAGGAGGUUUCCAGCCUGGAGUCCAUGGCAGAGAAGCUGAAAGAUCCAGGGUUCAUCGUGUUUGCCGUGUGCGUGCUGGUGAGCUCCCUCCUCCUCAUCUUUGUGGCCGGCCCCCGUUACGGACGGAGUAACGUCCUGGUUUACGUUUUGGUGUGCUCUGCCAUCGGCUCGCUCUCCGUGUCCUGCGUCAAAGGCUUGGGGAUUGCCCUGAAAGAACUGUUUGCUGGGAAGCCAGUCCUGAAAGAGCCGCUGGGCUGGGUGCUCCUGCUCUGCCUCGUCGUCUGCAUCAGCGUCCAGAUCAACUACCUGAACAAAGCCUUGGACAUCUUCAACACGUCGGUGGUGACUCCCGUUUACUACGUGCUGUUCACCACCGCGGUCAUGACGUGUUCUGCCAUCCUCUUCAAGGAGUGGCAGCACAUGGUGCUGGACAACGUGGUGGGCACCAUCAGCGGCUUCCUCACCGUCGUGUGCGGCAUCUUCCUCCUGCACGCCUUC